UCGUUUCGGUGCUGAGGUACCCGGCCCGGCGGCCCAGGACGUUCCCGUCGCAUGGCGGAGUGCUGCGGACGAUGCCCAUGAAGUCCUUGGUCCUCGUAGCAGCGCUGUUGCUCUGGCCUUCGUCCGUGCCGGCCUAUCCGAGCACGCUCAAGUCUCCAAGCCCUGCAGAUUCAUGUGGUGUGCACCUGCACCACUCCUGGAGGAGGAAAGAGGAGUCUCACUGCAGUUCAGCCACUUGCUGGGCUCCUGCUCAGACAGCGGUCACCCACCCUGCCGAGAUUGGAGCACCAUGAGUACCGAGGAAGAUGCCAAGUGGCUUCAGUGGGUGACACACCAGUUUGAGACCAUUGCGGGAAAAGACAGGGAGAUCAACCUGCAACAAUUCAAAACAGCCCUGAAUGUCAAAGAGUCCUUCUUUGCAGAGAGAUUCUUCACCCUGUUUGACUCCGAUGGAAGUGGCACCAUCACCCUCCAGGAGCUGCUGGAGGCGCUGACCCUGCUCAUCCACGGCAACCCCAUGGACAAACUCAAAUUCCUCUUCCAGGUGUACGACGUUGAUGAUGGUCUUGGAAGCUCAGUACUUAGAAAGGAGGCUGUAGAUUCUGGAGAAAGGCAUGCACUAAGAUUCUCCAUGUUUGGGCAGGAGUUUAUCUCUGCUGAGCAGGACAGUAGGGAGCCACGCAACGUUUCUGAGCCAAGGAUGACAUUGUGUACUUUGACUGCCUGGUCUAUACCCCAAAAGGGACUUGGUUGGCAGAAAACCGGAGGCAGCGGCUCCAUCGACGCGGACGAGCUGCGCACCGUGCUGCGGUCGUGCAUGCGCGAGAGCGCCAUCUCGCUGCCCGACGAGAAGCUGGACCAGCUGACGCUGGCGCUCUUCGAGUCGGCCGACAAGGACUGCAACGGCGCCAUCACCUUCGACGAGUUGCGGGACGAGCUGCAGCGCUUCCCCGGGGUCAUGGAGAACCUGACCAUCAGCGCUGCCCACUGGCUGACGCCCCCCGCCGCCCCGCGCCGCCCGCGCGCUCUGACCUGGGCCUACUGGCACAACCACCGCAGCCACCUGCUCUGCCUGGCGGCCUUCGCGGGCCUCCACCUGCUGCUCUUCGCGCUGGCGGCCAGCGAGCACCGGGCCCGGGGCGCCAGCGUCAUGGUGGCCAAGGGCUGCGGCCAGUGCCUCAACCUCGACGGCAGCUUCAUCGCGGUGCUGAUGCUCAGGCGCUGCCUGACAUGGCUGCGGGCCACGUGGCUGGCUCAGGUCCUGCCGCUGGAUCAGAACAUCCAGUUCCACCAGUUCGUGGGCUAUGUGGUGAUUGUGCUCUCCCUUGUACACACCGUGGCCCACAUCGUGAACUUCGCGCUCCAGGCUCAGGCCGAGGCCAGCCCCUUCCAGUUUUGGGAACUGCUGCUCACGACGAGGCCUGGCAUUGGCUGGAUCCACGGCUUGGCCUCCCCGACCGGUGUGGCACUACUGCUGCUACUGCUUCUCAUGUUUGCCUGCUCCAGCUCCUGCAUCAGAAGGAGCGGCCACUUUGAGGUGUUCUACUGGACCCAUCUGUCCUACCUUCCCAUGUGGAUUCUGCUCAUUCUGCAUGGGCCCAACUUCUGGAAGUGGCUGCUGGUCCCUGGCACCCUGUUCUUCCUAGAGAAGAUCAUCGGGCUAGCGGUGUCCCGCAUGGCAGCCCUGUGCAUCGUGGAAGUCAAUCUGCUUCCCUCCAAGGUCACCCAUCUCCUCAUCAAGAGGCCCCCUCUCUUCCACUACAGGCCGGGCGACUACUUGUACCUGAACAUCCCCACCAUCGCACGCUACGAGUGGCACCCCUUCACCAUCAGCAGCGCUCCAGAGCAGAAAGACACCAUCUGGCUACACAUCCGGUCUGAAGGUCAAUGGACCAACAGGCUGUAUGAGUCCUUCAAGACAUCAUGCCCCAUGGACUGUGACCCCAAACCACUGUCAAGGAGUUUGAAGAUGAGGAGGAGCCAGAGGAGGCCAGAGAGUUUGGAGCACCAGCACAUCCAUUCGGGAACCUCGGUACAGGGAGCGGUGGCCUACAGCAAGGAUGUCACUGUGGAACUGACAUCCUACAGGCCCAAGGGAACCCCACAGCAGGGGGACCAAGGCCUAGUAUCCACGGCGGUGACAAAGGAAGGGGCUCAGGCACGGUGGAGAGCCAUAGCCGAGCCAGGCCAGGUCUCUGAGAAGUCCUCUGAGAACCACCUGUUUUGUAACAUCAAGUGCUACAUUGACGGCCCUUACGGAACCCCCACCCGCAGGAUCUUUGCCUCUGAGCAUGCAGUGCUCAUCGGCGCGGGCAUUGGCAUCACCCCCUUUGCUUCCAUCCUGCAGAGCAUCAUGUACAGGCACCAGAAGAGGAAGAACAUUUGCCCCAGCUGCCAGCACUCCUGGAUGGAUAGCGCCCAGGAUGAGGACAUGAAGCUCCACAAGGUGGACUUCAUGUGGAUCAACCGAGACCAGAGAUCUUUCGAGUGGUUUGUGAGCCUGCUGACCAAACUGGAGAUGGACCAGGCCGAGAUAUCACAAGAGGGCCCCUUCCUGGAGCUGCAUAUGUACAUGACCUCUGCACUAGGCAAGAAUGACAUGAAGGCCAUUGGCCUGCAGAUGGCCCUCGACCUCCUGGCCAAGAAGGAGAAGAAGGACUCCAUCACUGGCCUCCAGACACGCACCCAGCCUGGGCGGCCUGACUGGAACAAGGUGUUCCAGAAAGUGGCUGCUGAAAAGAAGGGCAAGGUGCAGGUCUUCUUCUGUGGCUCCCCAGCUCUGGCCAAGGUGCUCAAGGGCCACUGUGAGCAGUUCGGCUUCAAGUUCUUCCAAGAGAACUUCUAGCCUCAUCUCCCCCGGUUCUCCCAAGCCCACGCUGCUGGCCAACUUGAUCCCGUCGCCCCAGUGCCCCACAGAGGCCAGCCUCAGGAGCCACCUGGCCCUGCUCCACACACACAGCAGGAGCACCCAGGCCAGGUGCACCUCCUUCAGGACCCUGGGGAAAGGCCGGUGGCCUGGGCCCUGUGCUGCUGUGCACUCUGGGGUUGCUGAGAAACUGAGGGGGGGUGCUUCCCAGGCCACUGCUCCUCCCAAAAGUCCUCCGAGGGAGACUUCCCCUACAACAGUGGUCCCCCACCUGCCAAAUCAUUCGGGAUUUUUAUCCCAACAUUUUAUUUUCUUUUCCAUGCAUCCACGUAUCUUGUCUUUCCGAUGCAUUUCCAAGCCCGCUUUGCCCAUCUGAGGAGCGUCCUUUACGUGCACACUCCUGGGUCCCGCUUGCAGCAAUUCUGAUUGUGAAGUUCUGGAGGUGAACCCCGGAAAAUGUAUUUUAUUCAAAACCCAUCCUCUUAGGAGGAGAUGAGCAGCAGAUUUCCCACCUCUCUCUCUCUGUCACCGUCUCCCUAUCUGUGUCCCUUCCCACCCCGCAUCGCUCCCCCUGCCUCUCUCUGCCUCUCCCCUGCCUGCGUGUGUCCCCUGGUGUCCCUUCCCAGCUCCACGUGUUGGUUUCUCCCUUGUCCCCAUGCCCUGAGUCAUCAGAGGAACAGAUAGGAGACAGUCUGUGGCUGCGUCCACCCGAGGGGGACACAGGAGAGCCAGGACACAGGACACAGGAGAGCCGUGCGCCUGGAAACCUCGUUGCUUGAAGCUCAGCUGAGCCACAGGGCUGUGGUGCAGCCCUGGAAACCUCUCCACGACUGACUCUUCAUCUGAGAAAUGGCACUGGUGACAUCACCUGGUCACAGUUGUCAUGAGAGCAAAAUGGGACGUCGGUGCUCAGGACAUACAUCUUCCAUCCCCGCAUGGCUCUCCGUGUCUCUGCACCUUGUCCCUAGGCAGCCUUUGUCCCAUCUGUCACUGUGUGCUGGAGUACCUAGCAGGGAGCGCGAAAGCCCAAGUUCUCCUGUGAGACACUGUGUGGAGGGCAGGGGUGGGAGGGGGGCUGGCCUUGCUGCUCAGGAUUUGAGCUGGGGGGUCCCGCCUGCCCCACACCGUGAGCCCCUGGGAACCCCCAAGGUCCUGGGUGGCCUCCACUCUGCAGCCUGUCCUGCUAGUUAGUUCUUUCUCUUGUGUGGGAGCCUAAACCACUCCACCCCAAACCCGCUUUGGGGAGGGGGAAAGGGGGCUUCGAAUGCUGCACUUUCCCAUAGAAUCACAGAUUGUGCCUUUCUUUUGUGUGGAUUGGAAGGCCCAGAAGGGGAACAGGUAAAGGAAUUGGGUGAGGAGGACACCCCUUAUAUAGAUCUGGGCAUCCAAAGGGGGAGCUGGGACCCAGAUGAGGGGGCAGGUGUGCAGAGGGUGAGCGGAGAGGGCCGAGGGAGGCAUCCUGUGGGAAAGUUGUCUUCACAGAGCAGCAGCGAGAGGAGGGGAUGGUGGCGGAAGGAGUGGAAGGACACCCUGGGGGAGAGGGCACAGUGCUCCUUGAGGACAGAGGCAGUGGGAGAAAGGACAUGGGGUACAAGAAGCAGGAGGAGCAGGAGCACGUACGAGAGGAGGAGGGGCCCAGCUGGCAGCCCCACAGGGAAGCACUGGGUGCAGAGGCGGGGAGGAGGGGACCCAGGCCCCCCUGAGCCCCUCCUUGCUGGGAGCCUGCACACCUGGGAGACCUGGUGCCAGGGCACCUUCCACCCGGGCCAGGUGCAGUUUCCAGCAAGCCCGGGGUGGGCGCACAACUCACACGGAGGAGUCGGAGGAGUCGUGUUAUCAGGCCUGAGGUCACACGGUCUUGGAACCCAUUGCCCUGCUGGGUUGGUUCUUUCCCCUUCAUCAGACCUGCGAAGGCUUGGGGGCAAACUGUCACCACCUGUAGCGCAGAAGUCAACAGGGUGUCCUGACUCAGGGCUGGGGCAUGUGCUGGGAAUGUACCAAAGUCAUUUGGAAAGUUGACAGAGCAGAGUCUGUUUAGCAUAGGACUUCCCUCUGUGUCUGUCUGUCUGUCUGUCUGUCUGUGUUCAUCUGGAAUUUUAUAUCACACAGAGGGUGAGAGGAGGGGGAGGAACUGGGACAUAGAUCUAAAAUCCACCCAGGGGCCACACGUUUGACAUCUGGCCACCUUAGUCCUGAGGCUUUCUCUCCAGACAUACUGCAGGUACCCACUGGAGGGCGCUGCAGAACCAGAGAUCUUGGAGGUUUUGUCUGCGGGGAAAGGAGCCGGGUCCCUGAGUGGCAGUGAAUCCAAGGCAGGCCCGAGGACACUGUGCCCCACCCCGCUCGGGCUCCAGGAGCACCUCCGCCCCAGACCUGGGCAGAUGUGUGAAGUCAAGAAGGUUCAUGUUCCAGAUCAGAGUUCCUGGAGCUGCCAGCCCCUAGCACCAGCACACAAAUGCGCACACAAACCCUGUCCCUACCACCCCCCCACACACACACACACAUACCCCUCCCUCCCUGGGCUUCCCACUUUUCCAUCUGUAAGUAAGGACAGGAUAGGCCUGCUGGGGGACAGUGUGCAGGUCCAGGCUCCGCCCUGGGGCUCGGCCAUCUACCUCUCUUCGUAGGUGGCAGGAUCGAAUAUGUGGUCUGUCCAUCUGGAUGUUGCCUGGAUGUGCAGAUGGGGGCCGUCCUGCCAUCAACCAGAAAGAAAUGCAUCCGCAUGUCUGGCUGACCUUCCUCCGUAGGCAUAUGGGCAUCUAAGAGGGUUCAGGCAAUCACACACACACACAGGGAACAGAGGGAACACAAGCCAACUACAGGUAAGGGGUGGGUUAUGUGGCCGUGAGCUCCCCACGGUCAGGCCUGGGCCCCAGCAUCUAGCACAGAGGGAGGGGCGGGAGCAAAGGGCUUAUUUAACUGGAAUUAUCCUUGGGAAGGAAGGGUCCUCUGCAUAGAACUGUCAUUUGGAAUCUGGGAUGCCAAAGUGCAAACUCUGAGCCCACUGAACCAAUGGCCUCGCCGGGCUCCACGAGGCUGCUGUGCCCCGUGGUCAGCUCCCACAGAGCCAGCAGGGGCUGGCGAAGCGAUUAGACAGGCCCACCCGGAUGAACCAGAGGCACAAGUGCAGUCUAUUACACUGAGAGCCAACGGGCAUGGACGGGAGGGGAGGUGACACGGGUCAUAUUGACAGGUGUCAGCAGUCUUGCAGACAGAGUCAAGAUGAGGGAGGGAUCAGAGAUACCAGCCAAGGGCAGCCCUGGUGGCUCAGCGGUUUGGUGCCGCCUUCGACCCAGGGCAUGAUCCUGGAGUCCCGGGAUCGAGUCCCACGUCGAGCUCCCUGCAUGGAGCCUGCUUCUCCCUCUGCCUAUGUCUCUGCCUCUCUCUGUGUGUCUCUCAUGAAUAAAUAAAUAAAAUCUUAAAAAAAAAAAAAGAGAGAGAGAGAGAGAGAGACCAGCCAAGACUGGCCCUGGGCAAACAUCUUGGAGGUGACCAGGGGGCCUUUGCCCUCCGAAGACAGAGCACUGGGUCCCACAUUUGCCUGUGUCCCAGUCAGCUGUGUGACCUUGGGUAUGCCCCGUGACCUCUCUGAGCAGUUGCUUCCUCAUUUAUAAAAUGAACAGAUUAAGGAUGAGUAUUUUAAAAUGCUAGUAUAUGCAUAUUCCUUUCUUAAAAGAUAUGCAAAAAAAUAGAUGUUUUUCAUCUGUUUGCUUUGGGAGUGGGAAUGGAGGGACAAGAAGGAAAGGAUUUUGUUUGGGGGUUGUUUUUAUUUUUAUUUUUUUUUUACGUUUUAUCUUCUAAUCCUCCAUAAAGUCUGAAGUUUUUAUGAUAGCUGUAGGUUUUAUAGUUUUUUUUUUUUUUUUUUAAAGAAUGCUGAGUACAAGAAAAAAGAAACAACUUCACGUAACCCAAAAGAAACUGCUUAUGUGUAUGGAGCAGGGGAUAAAUCGGUAGAAAUGCGUUGGGAGACAGGAGACACACCAAACAUCCACAGUGGUCAAUGGUGGAGGGGGUAAAGGAGGACCUUCACGCUUUCCUCUUUCCUAUUUUAUGUAUUCACGUAUUAUACACGUAACGUUUCACAUUACAGUAUAGAAAUUUUACACCACGCUCUUCAGGAAUUGCUUGUUUGCUUUUUAAACUAUGCCCUUAGGUUCAGGCCUAAUAUCGUUUCUUUUUCAAGAAUAAACAAAAUGGAGAGGU